CCUGUGCAGUAUGGCCUCUAUUCUUCCUUCAUGGGCUGCUUUGUCUACUGCUUCCUGGGCACCGCCAAGGACGUGACGCUGGGUCCCACGGCCAUCAUGUCGCUGCUUGUCUCUUCUUACGCGUUCCACGAGCCUGUCUAUGCCAUCUUGCUCGCCUUCCUCUCCGGCUGCAUCCAGCUGGCCAUGGGACUCCUGCACCUCGGUUUCCUUCUGGAUUUCAUUUCCUGCCCAGUCAUUAAAGGGUUUACAUCGGCUGCUUCCAUCACCAUUAGCUUCAACCAGAUCAAGAACAUCCUGGGGCUGCAGGGGAUCCCUCGGCAGUUUUUCCUGCAGGUGUAUGAGACGCUGCGGAGGAUCGGGGAGACCAGGUCAGCACCGUCCCUGCGCCUGCCCUGCUCUGUCCCCCUGCAGCUGCUUGGAAGCCCUCGGCAGCCCGGCCCCCCACCUCCUGCCGUCCCUCCCGCCGCCCUAGGCUCCAGGCAGGUUUUCACCAUUGCUCUCUCUGCUGCAGCACGCAACGCCCUCGUGGUCCUGUUUGCUGGCCUGGUUGCUUACUCCUUCCAGGUGAUGGGCUCCCAGCCGCUCACGCUCACCGGCAGCAUCCCCCGGGGCCUCCCUGCCUUCCAGCUGCCGCGCUUCUCCAUGGCUGCACCCAACGGCACCAUCCCCUUCAGGAGCAUGGUGGAGGACAUGGGGGUCGGGCUGGCCGUGGUCCCGCUCAUGGGCCUGCUGGAGACCGUUGCGAUUGCCAAGGCUUUUGCCUCGCAGAACGAUUACAGGAUUGACCCCAACCAGGAGCUGCUGGCUAUGGGCGUCUGCACCCCCGGAGGAGGGCUCGUCACAGGCACCCUGGUCCUGCUCUCGCUGGCAUACCUCACCUCGCUCUUCUACUACAUCCCCAAAGCAGCGCUGGCCGCCGUCAUCAUCUCAGCUGUGGUCCCCUUGUUUGAUGCUGGGAUCUUCAGGACGCUCUGGCGGGUUAAGAGACUGGACCUGGUGCCCCUCUGCGUGACGUUCCUGCUCUGCUUCUGGGAGGUCCAGUACGGCAUCGUGGCCGGCGUGCUGGUCUCAGGGAUUCUCCUCCUCUACUCCAUCGCCAGGCCCCCAAUAAAGGUGUCGGAGGGGGAUGUGCUUCUCCUGCAGCCGGGGAGCAGCCUGCACUUCCCAGCCAUCGAGUGCCUCCGGGACGCCGUUUGCAGCCACGCCCUGGCAGCAUCUCCACCACGCUCCAUCAUCCUGGACUGUCGCCACAUCAGCAGCAUUGAUUACACGGUGGUGGUGGGACUGGCAGAGCUGCUGCAGGAGCUGCGCAAGCAUGGCCUCUCGCUGGCCUUCUGCAGCCUGCAGGACCCUGUUCUCCAAGUCCUGCUGUCCGCAGACUUAGAAGGAUUCCAGCAUUUCCCCAGCUGGGAGGAGGCAGAGCGGUGUGGAGGAGCGGAUCCGGGGGGCGGCAGGGCAGCCCCCUUCACCAGCACCAGCGAGAGCUCGCUGCUGCCCGCGGGGCUCAUCCAGUGAGUCAAGGAGCCGCCUGGGACCUCCUCAGGGGCAGCGUCACCUUGCCGUCUCCUCGCCUCCAAUUAUGCCAGAGCUGUAUGUCCUGUGCCGCGCAGAGCGGUGGCUGUGACAUCCUGGUGACAUCCGACCAACACCCUCCAUGGGAGCCGCCUGCCCCUGUCCUGCCUCCUGGGAGGCUGGUGGGAUGCCUGUCGGGGCUGGGACCACCCCGGUGUCCCACACAGGGGAGGACAGAGGAAUGCCAGGGACAGAUGGUCUGUGGAAGGGAUUAGUGGGGCAAAACCAUUCCCUAUCACGGUCAUCAGGAAAAAGCCAUCCCUCCUCCAGGCCCUCCCCAUCCUCAAAGCUGCUGUCUUUUUUAAAUCAGCUGUUUUAAUUUUGGAGACUUUUCUUAUUGUCCUGGUUUCCACUGGAAUAGAGUUAAUUUUCUUCCUAGUAGCUGGUACAGUGCUGUGCUUUGGAUUUAGGAU